AAAAAGCCACGUUGACGAAGUCGACGGUAGUCUGCGUUAUUUUUCUGCCAGGAAACUGAAGGAUUGUUUUUUUAUUUAGAAGACAACGACGCGACUCUUUGGAAGAAGCGCUUGACAGCAGCCAUGUCAUCGCCGCCCAAAGAGAAAACCGAGACCAGAGCUGGUCACCUUCCUGCUGUGAAAGCAGGAGGCAUGAGGAUAGUUCAGAAGCACCAGUCUCCAAUUGAGGUGCCAGACAAGAAGGAUGACAAAGACAGUACAGAAUAUGAGACUGUGAU